AUUCCUGUCUACAGUGCGCAUAUGGCAAGUCAGAGUAUGGUAGAGCGCAGGGUGAGCUAUACCCAAUCGAAAAACAACCGAUCCCCAUGCAUACUUUGCAUGCAGAUCACUUAGGCCCCUUUACAAAAACUCGAAAAGGAAAUACAUACAUCUUGGUGGUAAUAGACUCUUUCACAAAAUUCGUGUUUGCAAGACCUGUCAAAAACUGCAGCUCUAUAGAAACAGUAAAACACAUGAAAGAAAUUAUUACAAUGUUUGGAAAUCCAAAUAGAGUCAUUACAGAUCGAGGAAAGGCCUUUACGAGUCGUUAUUUUAAGCAGUUCGCGGAAGAAACCCAAUUUAAACACAUUCUCAAUGCUAUAGCUAGUCCGAGGUUGAAUGGCCAAGUUGAGCGUGUCAACCGCACUAUCAUAGAUGGUCUCAAUACAAUGUCUGAGAGCGAGAGUACUUGGGACGAUAAACUUGCUGAUAUUGUGUGGGGAAUCAACAAUACGCCUAAUGCUACUACCUCAUUCCCCCCAUUCAAACUUAUGUUCGGACACGAAAACUCCCGUUUGCCGGCCUACCCUACUAAUAGGCCUACUUCUCAAGAGGAAGCUUUAAAAGAUAGGAGAGAGAACGCAAAGUUACGUAUUGAUAGGAAUAUGACACUAAUGAAAAGUCGAUUCGAUCGUUCCCGUAAGAAGUGCAAGAAAUACACAGUAGGUCAAUUAGUUUUGUGGAAAGGCGGCGCUAGUAGAGUAACGACAGCAAAAGUUUCACAAAAACUGAAAAGUCCGUACAGCGGGCCGUACAGGGUAUGCAAGGCAGAACCAAACAUAGAUCGUUAUACAAUAUGUAGUGUAAAAGGGAUGAAAGGAUAUAAGAAAUUCAGUGCAGUUGUUCGGGGUGAAGUAUUAAGACCAUAUAAAUCAUGUGUUUCCGAUGCAGAUAGCUGUUCAUCUAGUGAUAAAGAUGUGGAUAGAGAUGAUUUAAUAGACUUGCUAGAGAGUUAAUGAUGUAUAAAAUAAGUAGAAGUUAAUCCUGUAAAUAGACUGUUCAUAAUCAAAAUAGAGCUUUGCAAAAUAAUGUCGAAUAAUUAUGAUGUUAUAGGCUUGAUUCACUAACUAUUAACUUAUAUCUUGUGUACGAGUAUGAAAUUAAAAGCAGGCCAAAUAGUAUGUUUAAUAGAAAUAAUGAUUUACAGAGUCUUGGUAUUUUGAAUAUAUGGUAAACAGUACAAACAAUAUUAUGGAUAUAAGUAGGUACAUUAUCUGGCUGAAUACUUGCAACUCCACGAAGAUCUUCUUAUGCGGUAAACUCGGUAAACUGCAAUUAAAAACAUAUAUAGCAUUAUUGAUAACCGUUACCUAACCUAAGUCUAUGUGGCAAAACUAGUCUGUGUGACGUCAUGGCGCCUUGCGAAUUUUAAACAUACUUAGCUCUUAAGGUCUAUGUGACACGUAGAAGCAAGCACAUGGUGUGUGAUGAUGUGUAUAACAUUUAGCUCUUAAGGUCUAUGUGACACGUAGAAGCAAGCACAUGGUGUGUGAUGAUGUGUAUAACAUUUAGCUCUUAAGGUCUAUGUGACACGUAGAAGCAAGCACAUGGUGUGUGAUGAUGUGCAUAACAUAAUAAUGGGUCUAUGUGACAAUUCUAGGUGCAACAAAGUCUGUGUGACAAUGCUAGGUGUUAUUUAAAGUCUGUGUGACAGCCAAUAAGUCCAUGAGAUCAAAAAUGUCUGUGUGACAUGUUUUAACAAUGAGGGGUACUUACUAAUAAAAAAUAAGUCUGUGUGACUUGAACAAAAUGUAGACAUGAAAGCAAUUGAAUAUACAUAUUAUACUUUACUAACUUACCAUUCGCUUGAGGAACGAGAUGUUGCUUCACUUUCAAUAAUAUAAGUAUACUUCAUCACUCCACUUUAUAUUUUAUUCGACGACCAAUUUUCUGCCUGAAUUUAUUAUUUUUCAGAUACAAAAUGGAGGCAGCGGCAGCGGUGGAGACUCCAGGGUGCAGCCCGAGCGACGUGGGACACGCGCUUUCCAGGAUGGCCGAGUGUUAGCGAAUGCAUCCCAGCAGUAGCUACGUCACUACCGGAUGUACAUUCCAAUAUUAGUAGGGAUUUGAAUUAUUGUUUAUAUGUUGAUCAAAUUAUUGUUAAGGUUUAUAGAAUAUGAUUUAUAUCUGAAAUUAUAAAUAUACAGUUAUAAAUAGCUUUAUAAUAUUACAUUAUUUUCGCACUAGCGACAGUGGCGUCAUUAUACUACCGGAACAGUUAAAUUAAGUAUCAAGUUUUGUUAUAUAAUUAAAAGAACCAUUUAAAAAAUAUUAUUAAUAUGUAGUAAUUAUAAUCUAAAUAAUUAAUGAUUUUACGAGUUGUUUUGGAUUAUAUAAUUUUAAUAUUUAGAAUAUCCAGAUACUGUAAGCGUUUCCAUUUCCGCUUAGAUUACGAUACUUUUCAAAUUGUUGGGAGUUCUUAUAAAACUAGAUGUAAGGGCCGAGAGAGCCUCACUCUUUACUGCACCGUCACCUAGACACCUAGUUAAGGGGAACCUCUGCCCGAAAAUAAAAUAAAGUGAAAGUGCCAGCCA